UCGUCAUCUAGCAUCUACAUACCCAAUAUCCAAACAACCGUCCCAAUGAGCUCCAUCCGGCGCAUGUCCCCGACGGACCUUCUGUCUCUCAACCUCACCAACCUUGACCCAUUGACGGAAAACUACGAUCUGGGCUUCUACCUCAAUUACCUCAUGCGAUGGCCGUCCCUCUUCAGUAGCGUUCAGGAUCGCCAGGAGGGCAUCGUGGGCUACAUUAUGGGCAAGCUUGAAGAACAACCCGCCACAAUGCGCCAUUCCGAGCACUACACACCCUGGCACGGCCACAUCACCGUUUUGACCGUUGCGCCCGCAUGGCGCCGCCUUGGCCACGCGAGUCGUCUCACCGAACGCCUGGAACAGGGCUCCGACAUCAACGAUGCUUGGUUUGUCGAUCUAUACGUACGAGCAGGGAAUAAGGUAGCUGUGGGGAUGUACAAGGGCAUGGGGUAUUCCGUCUUCCGCCGAGUCGUGAAUUAUUACAGUGACGACCCCACUGGCUUUUCGGAUUCGGGCGAGGAUGCUUUCGAUAUGCGCAAGCCGUGCAGUCGCGAUAAAAAAUUACAGCAUGUUCGGGAAAAUGGAGAGAAUUUCUUGGUGGAUCCGAUUGAUGUCUCGUAAGGGUUUGUCGUGUGCACCGCUGUAUAAAUUUGCGUGAUGAAAGAAAUGAGUACAUAUGGUUGGGUGCGGGGGAGGGGCACAUGGCAAGGAAUGGCAAAAUAAGAAAAGUGGAUUGCGGUUGAUUCUAGCAUUUGGUGUUCGGGCGUUUUCUCUUUCCUGGGCUGAGGCUGCGCUAGCGCUACGCUUAUGAGCGUGGUAUGCAUGGGGACCUGGGCUCAAGCUUAAAUAGAACUAUGAGAAAGAGAGGCAUUCAAUGAGGUAUCUAGGUGGUAUGCAUACUUCGCGUGGUGCCGUAAUAAUUUCG